CUAAGGCACUAAAAAAGAGAAAUGGAAGAAAACUAAAACCAGCCAGCCAGCCACCAGCCAAGCCCACCAUCCCAACUUCUAACACAGAGAGAGAGGGCAAACAGCAAUAUACCAAUACCAUUAUCUGAUUACCAUAUAUAUUGGGCACGAAAAUAGAGAAUCAAAUGGAAAAGUGUAUAUUCAGAGAGAUGGAGGGGAAAUGAGCGUAUGCCUUGUCGGCCAUUAAAGCUUCAAGGACGAGCUAAAGCUCGUCUUUUUUCAAUUUUCUUCGUUUCGUUUCAAUCUCUCUAAUACGAAACCACUAAAAAAAUCUCUCUUUUUUUGGUUCGUUGCACUUUUGGUUGUUUGUUUUGUUUGUCAAAAGCAGGAGGAAGGAAAGAGUGAGUUCUCCCUUUCCUGUGUCCAAAAUCUCGGGCCUUAGAUCCGAAGAUCCCAACCAUUUUGUGGCAAAAGAUGAACUGGGUUCGCUUUGCUUUUCUCUAUUGAUUCAUGAAUUACACGGUUUCUUUCUCUCUGUGGUCUCAAGGAGUAACAGCCAAGUGGUGCAGUUGUUGCUUUUACUAUCUCUUCUUUGACGAGUGAUUGAUCGAUCAAUUGGCUUAAACAGCCCCGUUCUGAAGUAGCUAAUCUCUGCAGGGUUGGAAUUAUUGCAUGAAGCUAUAUUCAUGUUCAAGGUGAGGGAGAUUAAAAUGUCAGCACAUAUCAGAUCAAGGAGAACUUUUGAAGCAGGGUUUACUGGAUUUUGGAUUGUCACUUUGCUAUUGGUUUGUACUUCUGAUGGGUUGAAUUCUGAGGGGCAAUACCUCCUAGAUCUAAAGAAUGGCCUUCAUGAUGAACUUGGUCUUUUGAAUAACUGGAAAUCCACUGAUCAGACACCAUGUGGGUGGAUUGGCGUGAACUGCACUUCUGAUUAUGAACCUUUGGUCCAAUCUCUCAGUUUGAGUGGUAUGAAUUUGUCUGGGACCCUGAAUGCCAGCAUUGGUGGCUUGGUGAACCUAAUAUAUCUUGAUCUUUCUUACAAUAUGCUCACUGGAUAUAUACCUAACACUAUCGGAAAUUGUUCAAAGUUGCAAUACCUGUAUCUGAACAAUAACCAGUUCAGUGGUCAACUACCUGCUGAACUGGGUAAUUUGUCACUUCUUCGACGUUUGAAUAUAUGUAAUAACAGAAUAUCUGGUUCUUUCCCAGAGGAGUUUGGGAAUUUGUCUUCAUUGAUUGAGGUUGUGGCUUACACCAACAAUCUGACUGGCCCAUUACCUCAUUCUAUUGGGAAACUCAAGAACUUGAAAACCUUCCGUGCAGGGCAGAAUGGAAUUUCUGGUAGCAUUCCAGCAGAAAUAAGUGGAUGUCAAAGCUUACAAUUGCUUGGUCUUGCCCAAAAUGCCAUAGGAGGGGAACUACCAAAAGAAUUUGGGAUGCUUGGGCGUUUGACUGAGUUAAUUUUGUGGGGUAACCAACUCACAGGAUCUAUACCAAAGGAGAUUGGAAACUCUACGAACCUUGAGACACUUGCUUUGUAUGCAAACAAUCUUGUAGGACCAAUACCAGUGGAAAUCGGGAACAUGAAGUUUCUGAAGAAACUAUAUCUCUACAGAAAUGAGUUAAAUGGAACCAUUCCAAGAGAAAUUGGGAAUCUAUCUAUGGCAAUGGAAAUUGAUUUUUCAGAGAAUUAUUUGACAGGGGAGAUCCCUACUGAGUUCAGUGAGAUAAAGGGCCUGCAUCUUCUGUACCUUUUCCAAAAUCAGCUUACUGGUGUCAUACCAAAUGAGCUUAGUAGCUUGAGGAACUUAACAAAGCUUGACCUGUCAAUUAAUUAUCUCAAAGGUCCUAUUCCUUUUGGUUUUCAAUACAUGACAGAGUUGAUUCAACUUCAGCUUUUCGACAACUCCCUUAGUGGCAGUGUUCCUCAGGGGCUGGGACUUUACAGUCCACUUUGGGUGGUGGAUUUUUCAGACAAUGCUCUGACAGGAAGGAUACCUUCUCAUCUUUGUCGACACUCUAACCUUAUGUUGCUGAAUCUGGAAGCAAACAAGUUUUAUGGCAACAUCCCAACUGGUAUCUUGAACUGCAGGUCAUUGGUACAGCUUCGUCUUGUUAGAAACAUGCUUACAGGUAGCUUCCCUUCUGAGUUGUGCAAAUUGAUGAACCUUUCUGCCAUUGAAUUGGAUCAGAACAAGUUUAAUGGUUCAAUUCCUGAGGCCAUUGGCAAUUGUCAGAAGUUGCAAAGGCUUCACAUUGCAAACAAUUACUUUACUAAUGAGUUGCCUAAGGAAAUAGGUAAUCUGUCUCAACUUGUGACCUUUAAUGUCUCUUCUAAUUUGCUCAAGGGACGGAUUCCACCUGAAAUUGUUAACUGCAAGAUGCUUCAACGACUUGAUCUCAGCCACAACAGCUUUGUGGAGUCUUUACCAGAAGAGGUUGGAAGUCUUCUGCAGUUAGAGCUUCUCAAGCUUUCAGAAAAUAAGUUAUCUGGAAAUAUACCUCCAACAUUGGGAAAUCUCUCUCGUUUGACUGAAUUGCAGAUGGGUGGCAACUUAUUUUCUGGUGGAAUACCUGCGGAAUUGGGUUAUCUUUCAAGCUUACAGAUUGCAAUGAAUCUCAGUAAUAAUAACCUUACUGGGAGCAUCCCGCCAGAGCUGGGUAAGCUUAACUUGUUGGAGUUUCUUCUGCUCAAUAAUAACCAUUUGACCGGUGAAAUUCCUGAAACAUUGGGAAAUCUUUCCAGUUUACUGGGUUGCAACUUCUCAUAUAAUAACCUUACUGGACCCUUACCUCCAGUGCCGCUAUUUCAGAACAUGGCAUUUAGCAGUUUCAUAGGGAACAAUGGGCUCUGCGGUGGGCAUCUUGGCUACUGCAAUGGAGAUCCAUUUUCUGUUUCUGUCCCUCCAUUGAAAAGCACAGAUGCUCCUCGGGGUAGAAUCAUCACAAUUUCUGCAGCUGUUAUUGGUGGAGUUUCUCUGAUUCUAAUUGCAGUUAUACUAUAUUUCAUGAGGCACCCAACUGUUGAGACAGUUCCUUCCAUACAUGACAAUGAGAGUUCAUCUCCGGAAUCAGAUAUCUAUUUUCGUCCUAAGGAUGGAUUCAAUUUACAAGAUCUGGUUGAGGCCACAAACAAUUUUCAUGAUAGUUAUGUUGUAGGAAGAGGAGCUUGUGGAACAGUCUACAAGGCAGUUAUGCAUACUGGACAAACCAUUGCAGUGAAAAGACUAGCAUCUAACAGAGAGGGAAGCAACAUAGAGAACAGUUUUCAGGCUGAGAUUUUGACUCUUGGAAAGAUCAGGCACCGGAAUAUUGUGAAGCUUUAUGGAUUUUGCCAUCACCAGGGUUCCAAUCUGCUCCUUUAUGAGUACAUGGGUAGGGGUAGUUUGGGUGAACUGCUUCAUGGACCCUCUUGCAGCUUGGAAUGGCCAACGCGGUUCAUGAUUGCCCUCGGAGCUGCUGAAGGUCUUGCCUAUUUACAUCAUGACUGCAAACCAAGAAUUAUUCAUCGGGAUAUUAAGUCGAAUAACAUUCUCCUUGAUGAUAAUUUUGAAGCCCAUGUUGGUGAUUUUGGUUUGGCCAAAAUUAUUGACAUGCCUCAGUCUAAAUCAAUGUCAGCAGUUGCAGGGUCAUAUGGGUAUAUUGCACCUGAGUAUGCAUACACAAUGAAAGUAACCGAAAAAUGCGAUAUCUACAGCUAUGGAGUUGUCCUGUUAGAACUGCUAACUGGAAAAACUCCUGUGCAGCCACUAGAUCAAGGAGGUGAUUUAGUCACUUGGGUGAGAAAUUAUGUACGCGACCACUCAUUGACAUCUGGCAUACUUGACAGUAGAUUAGAUCUCAAAGAUCAAACUACUGUUGAUCACAUGAUUAGCAUAAUGAAAAUUGCUUUGAUGUGUACAAGCAUGUCACCUUUCGAGCGGCCAUCAAUGCGAGAAGUUGUAUUGAUGCUUAUUGGGUCGAAUGAGCGAGAAGGGAACAUCAUUCAGUCUACAACUCAUUAUCCUCCUCUGAAAGAUGAUGGUUCAUGAAAGUAAGCUACGAUUUCCCAGGUUUCUGUAACUGAUGAAUUUUGCCGGCGAUAACUUCCCAUAUUAUUUGCAACAGCAAAUGGUUGUUUCUUGUACAUUCUUUAUAUAAGCAAAUAGUGUUGCUGGAUUUUUCUGUUACUAAUACUAAUGGAGGGUAAUGAAUGUUACUCUCACAUUCUGUAUUUUCCCUUGAAAUCAAUACAGUAUAGUAAGAAUUCUGUACA